AUGACAGACUUAAUUUUUGUUCCUAAAUUAGGACUUAUUCCAGGAAGACCAAACAGCAAUGCUCGACAGCGAAUCUGGGUCAAACCUCCUGCCAUCUCAAAAAACACUAUCACUUCACUUCGGCAAAGACGAAAUAAAUCAGCCACAAAGCAAAGAUCACCAUUUACUCAGUUACUCAAAGUAAAAUCCCCAAGGCUUCAGUCAGUUAAAUUAGCAAAUACCUGAAUAGAAAAGACUUAUUCCAGAUGAGACGACAUUUUAUAUCAGCCAAACUUAAGACCCAGAACCACAGCUACAAAAAGGAGGAAAAUUUAUGAUUCAGGCAGCCAAAAAAACGUAAAUGAAAUCCCAAGGCACAUUAAUGUUGAUUAUGAAAUUUUAAGAAAUGAAGAAUUAGAAUACACCCUACAAGAAACUAAGCCAUCUCUUUUGCCUAGACCGAUUCGAAAUCGGCCUAUAACUGCCCCAAAGCCAAACAUUGAGAUUCAGUUAUAA